AUGCCCGGCCAAACGGACUCGUAUCCCAUCUCCAUCCCCGACUCUCCGCCGCCGCCCCAGAGCAUCUCGACCUACUCGCGUUUCAUGCACGACCACACCAAGCGCCAGAUGGAGUCCUUUGGCGCCAUCGCCCCCGCGGGCGGCAGCCGGGGUAGCACCAGCAGCAGUUCCGUCAGCAGCUCGCUGACCAACGGCGUUGGGUCCUCGGAAUAUCAUUAG